AUGAGGUCCGACCCGAGCACCAGAAAAUUCGACGCCCUCUGCAAAUUCCAGCAGCAACACGGACAAAAGACAGAAGACUGCAUCGCCCUCAAGCAAGAAGUUGUGAACAUGUUGCAGCAGGGAAACCUCAAAGAGCUACUGAGCGACAAGGGGAGAAACAACUUCGCCAGAGGUCAUGAACACCAAGGCUCGCCGAAGCCACCAUCACCAAAUCGCACAAUCAACAUGAACAUCAGCGGCAACGACGAUGCCUCCAUCAACGACAUUAAAUUCACUGUCGCUCACAAGCUCAAAAGAUCUAUCACCCAUGAACGGUAUGACCGACUCGAAGAAAGUAUCAUCUUCACGAGUCAGAUGCCUACUGUUUGA